ACAAUGUCAAUAUAAAUGCAUUCAGCUUUGAUCGUCACACGUAUUUGAAUAAACUUAUAAGUAGUGUAUUAUAUUAAAAAGAAUAAUAGAAUACUAAACUCAAUGGUAUAAUUGAAUGGUAUUAAUGUCUAAUGUAUUUAUUUAUCUGUCCUGCAUCGUUAAUUCUCGUGGUGUAAUCAGAGAAAAAAGUGGACAGUCGUUUUGUUUUAUCAUUUCAUUUUUUGUCACAAUUAUUGAGCAAUUAUUCUUGUUAAACGAUACAGCAAGCAGAAUAUCUUGUUCACUGGGUAAAAGAUGAAGUGUUAAGUAUUAAAUUUUGAUGUGUGAAAGUUGAUAACAUAUGUCUCGUACUAUUAAAUUUAUUAAAUAUACAUACCAUAAACAAUGGUCAAUAAUGUAGAAUAUAUUGGCAUACAUAUCCUGUUUUGACCAAAAUUUUCACUUAUACUCUAUUACCCGUCCACCAAAGAUAUGUCGUCUGAAGAAGCUUUUAGUGAUUCAUCGUUUGAUGAAAUAUUCAAAUCAUAUGCAUCUAAACUUUGUAGAAUUGUAUCUGAUGAUGAGACAGAGGGUGAACAUGAUAGUAAAUGGUAUGAAGGUACCAAUAAUAAUAAACAAAUAUGGUUUAAUCCAAUUGGCAAUCAGCCCAAUCUGGAAUAUUUUUCUGGCAUUCCUGGUAUCAAUUUAUCAAAUUCUAAAGUUGUCAAAUGCACUUCACCGAUAGACUUUUACUUAUUAUUUGUUGAUGAUGAGAUACUUACGUUGAUUGUAAGUCAAACUAAUCAUUAUGCAAAUCAAAUAAUGGAAAAAAAUCAAUCUGAACGAUUAAAUAAAUGGGUGCCUACUAAUGCACAAGAAAUUAAACAAUUUUUUGGUUUGAUUAUGUGGAUGGGAUUGGUGAAACUUCCAAGUAUACAGAUGUAUUGGACAACAGAUCCUUUCUUUGUACAAAGUUUUCCACGUACUGUGAUGUCCCGCAAUAGAUUUGAAAUAUUAUUGAGAAUGCUCCAUUUUGUGGACAAUGAGAAAAUUAUUAAUCCGAAUGACUUAUUAUGUAAGUUACAAACAUUGACUGACAUUUUAAAUAAAAAUUUUCAAGAAUAUUAUAAUCCUAGUGAGACUGUUUGUAUUGAUGAAUCUAUAAUCCCAUUCCGUGGAAAAACUAUAUCUAGGCAAUAUAUAAAAUUAUUUAAGUUAUGCAGCACAUCAGGAUAUGUAAAUUCUUUCCAAUUAUAUGCAGGAGAAACUACAAAUACAAAAGAAAGUACAACCAUAAAUGUAGUAAUGUCUCUCUGUCAAAAUAUAAUAAAUCAAGGACAUACGUUAUGUACAAAUAAAAGGUAUACGAGUAUCGUGUUGGCUGAAAAAUUACUUUCUCUUGGCACGCAUUUAAUUGGAACUCUUCAAGUAAAUCGUCAUGGUAUUCCAAAAGAAAUAUUAUCGCAGAAGCUAAAACAGGGUGAGAUCAUUGCAAGAGAACAUAAAAAUGGAUUAACUAUUUUAAAAUGGAAGGAUAAACGAGACAUACUUAUGCUCUCAACUAAACAUUCUGUGGAGAUGGUUACAGUUGCAGGUCGAAAAAAUAGUUCAAUUAAACCAAAGAUUUUUGUAGAUUAUAAUGCCAAUAAGUCAUAUGUUGAUAUAUCUGAUCAGAUAAAAUCAUAUUUCAAUCCACUAAGAAAAGGUCAAAAAUGGUAUAAAAGAAUAGCUUUUGAGCUUCUGCUUAAAACCUCAGUAAUAAAUGCUUGGGUAAUGUAUAACAAUAUAAUAACCCAACGUAUGUCAAUUUUUGAAUUUCAACAAAAAUUAGUAACACAACUAACAUCACGUAAAGGCGAUACUGACAAUGCAUCUUUACCCAGACCACAAAUUACAAUUAGAAAGCAUCACGAAAUACAGAGAAAAAGUGGAAGCGCUCGACAAAUUAGACGACGAUGCAAAAAAUGUUAUGAAGAUAAUGCAAAGGAAUUUGGUCGAUUAUAUGCAAAGAAUCGUACAAAGAAAGUAACUACAUAUUGUGGAAAUUGUACUGACAACCCUCACUAUUGUUUGCCAUGUUUUAAUAUGGUUCAUCGUGAUAUGCCUAUGUAAUAAUUUUUUAAUUUUCAUAAAUAAAAAUCAAUGUUAUUGUCCACCG